GUUACCCCGCUUCGAUAAAACAGCUCGGAGUUAUCCUUCAGUCAUGGUUGCCGUUCUGGAGUGCGGGACUGUCGUUCAUUCGUCAUGACAAUGAACAGCUACUUGUGUUUAAUCCUCAUCAACACCGGUCUUAUAUUGUCGUCAGCUGAAGGAGAGACAGAGACUGGAUCCAAUAUGUAUAGUCAUGCAGUGUUCCUGCUCAAAACUGAACCAGUCACCACAACUGAACCAUAUCUGAGUACUGUGCUCAUCCCAACAGAGAACAAAAUCCAGACAUCAAUCCCUACAUCUACAGGAGGUCUCUGGUUCCAUGCGGGUAGUUUCAUAGGUGGUAUGAUGCUGGCCUUUGUUAUCAUAAUGUCUGUUGCUCUGGUUUACAAGUUGGCCUGCUCACAACGUGAAGUGUGCUACAGAGCCAUUGAGGAGCAUGAUACCAUCAUAUAAAAAUGGAGCCAGGAAAAAAAAAAAAAGUCAGGACAACACGGACACUUCACUACAAUGUAGAAGCUUAUGUUUCCAAAAGUUUUGUUCAUGUUAAAAAAUGAUUAAGGGUCAAGGAUCUGUGUUUGUUAUGAUAUAUUUCAUAUUGUAAUCUCCAAUAGGUUGUGCAAUACUUGAGAUAUUUGAUAAUUUUCUAAAGUUCUUGAAAUGUAUACUUGGACUCAAAUGUAUUGUCAAGAUUUUGUGUGUAAAUUAGUCUAGUAUUUGUACCACAGGACAUUUUAAUGAGUUGGGUUUGUACUAAAGUUACUUCAGUGUACACUGUAAGGGCAUUUGAAAAGAAUGCUUUGGUAUUUUUGAAAGGGGUUGUUGAUAUUAUUGUAACACUUCACAAUAAGGUUCCAUUCCUAAACAUUAAUUAAUGCAUUAGGUAUCAUGAACUAACAAUGAAUAUUUUUUACAGCAUUUAUUAAUCUUUUAUAAUUCUAGUUAAUAAAAAUACAAUCGUUCAUUGUUAGUUCAUAGUACUUCAAUUUAAAACAGCUUGGACAUUUGCUCAGACACACUCUACAAUACAUGUAUAAUGAUAUAUUCUUUGCUCACAAUGCACAAGACACCAUGAGUAUCUGAUCAAAAGACAGCAUCUACCAAAGUAUAUACUUUAUUCCAGGCCAAUUUCAAAGUAAUAUGUAAAGAGAUACAAUGAAACAGAACUUAAGGUUCUAAAGUACAUGCACAUACAUUGAUUAAAAAAAAAAAAAACAGAGAGAGAGAAUAAUAAAUGUAUAUAAAUUCAUUCUGGGUGCAUUUAAAGAAAACUAAAUACCAAUCCAUUAACUUGUGUGAUUAGUACUACCACUACAAAAAAAAAAGUAAACAUUUACUAUAUAAUCUGAGCAGGUGCACACUAAGCAAGCAUAAAAUCAUGUUUAAGUGACAAAUACAUUUGACUCAAUGUUUUAUAAACGUGCAAUACCAGCACUGUACUCACAAUUCAUAAAAACAUUUUGUUGCAUUGCUCUCUCCAACACUGUUUUACCCCACUAGAGUCUGCCAUCAAUACUAUGUUUGCAAAAAUAGAUAUUUCUCUUUUAUUUCCACGUUUAUUUUCUCUAGAAACUCUAACUUUGAUUACUAUGGCCUAGCUUGCCAGUUUUGAUCAUAAAACUUGAACAUCAUUUUCCUUACUGGGGCAAUUGAGUUAUACACCUUAGCAGUGUAUUCAUGCCAACAGACCACAGAAUAUCACUCAAAUAAACCAUAAAAACAAAAAUACAUUUAGAGCAUGGGCCAGUCAUUGAGCGAAGAUUGUGUAGUGUUAAGUUAACCAUAUUGUAAACACAAGUAAAUAUUCAUAUUGAAUGGCUAUAUGCAAAGCAUCUGCAGGGAAUUUAUAAUCUGAAGUUCCUGUAGCGUUCCACUACUGCUGAAUGAUGUAAACCAUGUAGCAAAAGACCGUUCUAGGUAACCUGCUUUGUGUCUUUAGUAUUGAUCAGAACCAGCAUAAGAGGGCUCGUCGAAUCAUGAGUCAUUAAAAAUCCCCUGACAAAUCAAUUAGACCUUUUCUCAGUAGCUUAUGCCUUACGUGUACAUAUAAAGUAUGAUAAAUUACUUUUAGUUGCCCUUUAAUUUUAAAGAGAAAAGAAUCUUUGGAAGCCUCAUUGAAUGAAAUCCUGACAGAACUGAUUGUUUCCUUUAAAGUCUACUCUAUCAUUCAUAUUGAUCAAGUUCAAGCUAACAGCUACUCAACACCACUAACCCUCAAGACGUGCUCAUCUACCCUUCUAAAACUUAACAGAACCUUCCUAUUUCUGCCCAAUCUCUGUCUUAGCACCAAACAGCAUCAAUAUAACUGGCACAAACCUUUAUUGGAGCUCAUAAAGUGAUGUCUGUUUAAAAAGCCAAGCUUUUUUUGUUUUGUUUAAAUAGUUGAUGAAAGUGCCCUUGAUAUUUUGUUCCUAGUUUUGGCUGAAGGUUGAGAUAUUUUUUUUUACUAAAUACAGUAUGCAAAAACAUACUAAAAUUGUAAGAUAAAAAUAGAUAUCUGUAUAAAAAAAAACAGACUUCCACCAAACGAUCAUUUCUGAUUAUAGUAAAACAGAAACGACGACUUCAAUCUAUUCAGUGUUUCUGUCAAUUAUUUCAUGUUACUCAAAGGCAGCUCUUUCAGAAUAGUUGUUCUGUAUAAAUCAGUAAGGCAAAAAAACAAACAGAAAAAAAAACAUUCUGAUCACACAUGAAUGCCACAACCCUCAAGAAACAAAAUCAGGCUUAAAUAAAA